GUCACGUGCCUCCACGUCAGUUUUGUAAACAUUAAACAUGGCGACCCCCUCUGUGCUCCGUGCUCUCCUCCUGACUAAGAGCAAGCACGCCAAACUUGUAAUUUGUCAAACCACACGCAGUAUGUACCUGGGGAAACUCUUCCGGACAGCUCGGCUUCAGAGCUUGAAUCAGGAACCGCUGCGAUGGAGCUCAACAUCCGGCUCCUGGUCGGCAAGGUCACGACAGAUGGAAGAAAUGGGUCGGGAGAAGCACCAGCACCAUGGCGAGGGACCCCCGUGGAGCGGCGCGGUACUCGGGGCACUCGGUGCGUUUGCGACACGUUAACCCUGCCUCAAUCAGUACACAGUUUAUAUGCGUUUUCCUUCUUCCAGUCCACAGAGGAGGACACGAGAAGCGAGGCGCAGAAGAGCGAGGAUGAGAUCAUUAUGCUGUUGAAGAAGGCCAAGCUCAGCAUGUACAGGGGUCAGCUCCCGGCGGCGUCUGGUCUGCUCCACCAGGCAGUCGCUCUGGCCCACAAGUCCUCCAACACACAGGCCAUCAUCUACACCUACAGCCUGAUGGCCAACCUAGCCUACGUCCAGGGUCAACUGGACAAGUCAGAGAAACUUUUCAAAGCAACCAUGAGCUACAUGCUCUCUGGGGGAACGCCGGAGAACGACAACGGCAUCAUAGAGAUCUCCCUGAAGCUGGCCACCAUAUACGCCGGUCAGAACAAGACAGAGUUAGCAGAACACGGCUACCGGUUCUGUACAGAGUCUCUGGAGGCUAAACUGGAGCAGCACAAGGACAGCUCACCCGACGACCAAUCAAGUACCGACCAGUCAGAUACCGACCAAUCAGAGGGUCUGAGGAAGGAGACGCGUCUCCUCCUGGGUCUGUGUUUGGACUCGCGGGCCCGGUACUGCGCGGCCACUCGCCGGCUGAAGCAGGCCACCCAGGACUACCGCCGGGCCCUGCAGAUCUGUAGCGAGGAACAGGGCGAGACCCACCCUCAGACCCUGGUGCUGAUGAGCGACCUGGCCACCAUCUUGGACCUGCAGGGGCUCCACGCCGAGGCCCUGCCCGUGGUGAGGCGGGCCGUGGCGCUGGGCCGCCAGGCCGGCCACCCGGACCAGCACGUGCUGCUGGGGAACCUGGCGGGGGUCCUGCUGCACCAGGGGGACAUGCAGGCAGCGUUGGACCUGUACAAGGAGGCUCUGUCCCUGGCCCGGGCGGCCGGUGACGAGGAGGCGGUGGAGCAGAUCCAAGAGGGGCUGAUGGAGGUGAAGAAGAGGAGGGAGGAGCAGCUGAAGGAGACCGAGGAGGAAGAGGAAUUGGAUCUGAAGUGAGGGGGAUGGAUGAACGGUUAGGGUGGAUAAAUAGUUUUGGUGGAUGGAUGGAUGAAUGGAUGGACAGACUGUUACGAAUGUUUGAUGAAUGAUCCUUCAGUGUUAAACUCUUGGUCCCCAUGACCCCCUUGGACCCCCCCAGGGGGUCUCUACCGGUGUGUGGGUCAGAACCAAUGUUUGUACCAAAGACUUCUAACAAACCAAUGGAAA